GCAGGGCUCAUUCGCGGCGCGGAGGAGGCGGGCGCCGGACGGGCCGGCGGGGCGCGGUGCUGACUGGGCCGAGCCGCCACCGCGAGCCCAGGACAGCCGCGAGCCCGGCGCCCGGGACGAGCCGCCGCCGCCGCUGCACGCACGUAGAGGCCGCCCGCCGGCGGGGCCCGGGCUUCUCCCGCCUCCAAAGCAGCCCCUGAGCCAGUUACCAGGGGAGCAUGAGCCCCGCGCCCACAGCGCAGCCCGUCGUCUCUUGAGCCGCAGGCUUGAAGGGGGCUUCUCCUGCCCAGGAGGCGGGAGAUUUGUCUCUUUCUUCCCCAGCUUGCCCUCCCCGUGGGAGGAGGCUGUAGCAGACACAGGCACGCACACGUGGAUGCGGGGAGAAAUGGCAUAGGGUUUGUUUUCCCGCCGUCCUACCUCCCCAAGUUGGCCAUGUCUGCACCUGGGGAGCCUGAAAUCCACUGCUGAGGCCUCAGGAAUGACAGAGGAGCUGACCCCGGGCAAAUCAAAGGGCCCGUCAAAUGAGGAGGAGGAGGAGGAUGCCUCUGUGACGGUCAGCGGGGUUUAGUACAGCCGUGCAGCAUGAAUAGGAAGAAAGGAGACAAGGGGUUCGAAAGCCCAAGACCCUAUAAAUUAACCCACCAGGUAGUUUGUAUCAACAACAUCAAUUUUCAGAGGAAGUCUGUUGUAGGUUAUGUGGAACUGACAAUAUUUCCCACAGUUGCAAACCUGAACAGAAUCAAACUGAACAGUAAACAAUGCAGGAUAUACAGAGUAAGGGUCAAUGAUCUGGAAGCAGCUUUUAUCUAUAAUGAUCCAACACUGGAGGUUUGUCACCACGAGUCAAAGCAGCGGAAUCUCAACUAUUUUUCCAAUGCCUAUGCUGCUGCAGUCAGUGCUGUGGACCCAGAUGCUGGAAAUGGAGAACUCUGCAUUAAGGUUCCGUCAGAGCUGUGGAAGCAUGUUGAUGAGUUAAAAGUCCUAAAGGUGCACAUAAAUUUUUCUCUGGAUCAGCCAAAGGGAGGUCUUCAUUUUGUCGUGCCCAACGUGGAAGGUAGCAUGGCAGAGAGAGGAGCUCAUGUUUUUUCCUGUGGCUAUCAAAAUUCUACCAGAUUUUGGUUUCCUUGUGUUGAUUCAUACUCUGAACUGUGUACGUGGAAACUGGAAUACACGGUAGAUGCUGCAAUGGUGGCUGUUUCAAAUGGAGAUUUGGUAGAAACAGUGUAUACCCAUGAUAUGAGAAAGAAGACCUUUCAUUAUAUGUUGACUAUUCCAACUGCAGCUUCUAACAUCUCACUGGCCAUAGGACCUUUUGAAAUUCUUGUUGAUCCAUACAUGCAUGAGGUAACUCACUUUUGUUUACCACAACUUCUCCCAUUGCUCAAACACACUACAUCAUACCUUCAUGAAGUUUUUGAAUUCUACGAGGAGAUCCUUACAUGCCGGUAUCCUUACUCCUGUUUCAAGACUGUUUUCAUAGAUGAAGCAUAUGUUGAAGUAGCUGCUUAUGCCUCCAUGAGUAUUUUUAGCACAAACCUUUUACACAGUGCAAUGAUUAUAGAUGAGACUCCGCUAACCAGGAGAUGCUUAGCUCAGGCCCUGGCCCAGCAGUUUUUUGGCUGCUUCAUAUCCAGAAUGUCCUGGUCAGAUGAGUGGGUCUUAAAGGGAAUCUCUGGAUAUAUUUAUGGUCUUUGGAUGAAAAAAACCUUUGGUGUUAAUGAAUAUCGCCACUGGAUUAAGCAGGAACUAGAUCAAAUAGUGGCAUAUGAACUGAAGACUGGUGGAGUUUUACUGCAUCCAAUAUUUGGAGGAGGAAAAGAAAAAGACAACCCUGCAUCGCAUCUACAUUUUUCUAUAAAACACCCUCACACAUUGUCCUGGGAAUACUACACUAUGUUCCAGUGUAAAGCCCAUCUUGUUAUGAGACUGAUAGAAAACAGGAUCAGCAUGGAGUUCAUGCUACAAGUUUUCAACAAGCUGUUGAGUCUGGCCAGCACUGCAUCGUCUCAGAAGUUCCAGUCACACAUGUGGAGUCAAAUGUUGGUUUCCACAUCUGGGUUUUUGAAAUCCAUCUCUAAUGUCUCUGGCAAAGACAUCCAGCCUUUAAUAAAGCAAUGGGUCGAUCAGAGCAGUGUGGUAAAAUUUUACGGUAGUUUUGCAUUUAAUAGGAAACGAAAUGUAUUGGAAUUGGAAAUAAAGCAAGACUACACGUCUCCUGGGACCCAGAAAUAUGUGGGUCCUCUUAAAGUAACAGUGCAAGAACUAGAUGGAUCUUUCAACCACACGUUGCAGAUAGAGGAGAACAGUCUCAAACAUGAUAUACCCUGCCAUUCCAAAAGCAGGAGAAAUAAGAAAAAAAAGAUUCCACUGAUGAAUGGAGAAGAGGUAGACAUGGAUCUUUCUGCAAUGGAUGCUGAUUCUCCUUUGCUCUGGAUAAGAAUAGACCCCGACAUGUCUGUACUUAGGAAAGUAGAAUUUGAACAAGCUGACUUCAUGUGGCAAUACCAGCUUCGAUAUGAGAGAGAUGUAGUUGCACAGGAAGAAGCCAUUUUGGCACUGGAAAAAUUCCCGACUCCAGCAUCACGGCUUGCAUUAACUGAUAUAUUAGAACAAGAACAGUGUUUCUACCGAGUAAGAAUGAUGGCCUGCUUCUGUCUUGCAAAGAUUGCAAAUUCCAUGGUAAGUACAUGGACGGGACCACCAGCCAUGAAGUCACUCUUUACCCGAAUGUUUUGUUGUAAGAGUUGUCCAAACAUUGUGAAGACCAACAACUUCAUGAAUUUCCAGAGCUACUUUCUACAAAAGACUAUGCCUGUUGCUAUGGCCUUGCUGAGAGAUGUUCAUAACCUCUGUCCUAAAGAGGUUUUAACAUUUAUUUUAGAUCUAAUCAAGUACAAUGACAACAGGAAAAAUAAGUUUUCAGAUAAUUACUAUCGUGCUGAACUGAUAGAUGCAUUAGCCAACUCUGUAACUCCUGCGGUCAGCGUGAACAAUGAAGUCCGAACUCUGGAUAACUUAAAUCCUGAUGUUCGACUCAUUCUUGAGGAGAUUACGCGGUUCUUAAAUAUGGAAAAGCUUCUGCCCAGUUACAGACACACUAUUACAGUCAGCUGUCUGAAAGCCAUUCGUGUGCUACAGAAGAACGGCCAUGUCCCAAGUGAUCCUGCUCUCUUUAAGUCGUAUGCUGAAUAUGGACACUUUGUGGACAUCCGAAUAGCAGCACUGGAAGCAGUUGUUGAUUACACAAAAGUUGAUAGGAGCUAUGAGGAACUACAGUGGCUACUUACUAUGGUUCAGAAUGACCCUGUGCCUUAUGUAAGGCAUAAGAUUUUGGAAAUGUUGACAAAGAAUCCACCAUUUACGAAGAAUAUGGAGUCUCCCUUGUGCAAUGAAGCCUUAGUAGAUCAGCUUUGGAAACUUAUGAAUUCAGGUACUUCACAUGACUGGAGGUUACGAUGUGGUGCUGUAGACCUGUACUUCACCCUUUUUGGCCUUAGUAGACCUUCCUGUUUGCCAUUACCAGAGCUUGGACUGGUCCUUAAUCUGAAAGAAAAGAAAGCUGUACUUAAUCCAACCAUCAUUCCUGAAUCAGUGGCAAACAAUCAGGAACCUGUCAUCAGUGCUAACAAUGGACAGUCGAUGGGGUUUCAGAGCACUGAGGAUGAUCAUCCUGUUAAGGAAACAGCAACCAGUAUUUCUAGCCAUCAGCAGGGGGUGAAAAGAAAGGCUGAUAUGCCACUUGGAUCCCCGCUGGAACCGGGGCAAAUACUAGAGAAGAAUGAAGACAGUAAAGUCAAACUCAAAAUCAGAUUCUCAAACUCCCAGGAAGAGGAAGAAGUUGAUAUGGACACUGUUCACGAUAGUCAAGCUUUUAUUUACCAUCAUUUGAACAUGCUGGAGAGACCAUCAACACCAGGUAAGGAACAGUCUUCUGGAGAAAUCAACAUGCAUCCAGUUUCAGCAACUCCGCUCUCUAUCUUUAGUAAAGAAUCAAACUCCUCAAAACAUAGUGACCAUCACCACCACCAUCACCACGAACACAAGAAAAAGAAGAAAAAACACAAACAUAAACAUAAGCAUAAACAUAAGCAUGACAAUAAAGAGAAAGACAAGGAGCCCUUUGGUUUCUCCAAUAGCCCAGCCAGUGGGCGGUCAAUUCGUUCUCCAUCGCUUUCAGACUGAAGUGAGCAGCCCAAGGACUGAAGCCAGAAAGCUGAUGGAACAUUUUGAAGGAUGUAUAUAACUAAAGCCUCUAUCUUUUUGUAUGAAAAAUGUAGAUGUAUUAACUGUCUUUGCAAUUCAGAAGCUUUCAAAAUCCAAAUUUUGAAGCAUUCUAGGUGCGUAUUCAGUUGCUGAAAUGAACCUGAUUCAGAGAGAUGUUUUCUGGUUCUGAGUCAGUUUCUGUUUCACUGUUCUCCCCACCUCCCACUCCUUCCCUUUUAAGCAAAGAAAACAGCCCUUUGUGUAAGGGCCCCAUGUCCACUGGCAACCCCUUGCACAUCAUGCUGUCCAUGUGUACUGCCAGAUUCAAUUAUGUUUUAAGCCUUUGAAGAAUGUUAUGAGUCAAAGUAUGUUUUAAACAGAAGCCGACUGCCAGACCUCUGAUGAAGCACUGUUUCCAGGGCAAUAUUGUAUAACUCAGCGUAGACCUCCUGGGAAGACAAAGGCUUUCCUAUAAUCUUUGGUUGAGCUAUUCCUUUCCUUAACCAUUACAGUGUAAUGUCAGAAUUUUAAGACUAGUACAUAGAUAUUUUCCCUUUUCAGAUACUAAAAAUCUUAAAAUUCCAAGCUGCUUUUAAGCUGCAGAUAUUUAUUAUGGACAUAAUCUUUUGAAUAUAAUCGCAUUCUGCAAUUAUGUUUCUGGAAUUUUAGCAGGAAACUUAAUGCAUGUUUUGUCCUGUAAUCAGGCUUUUAAAAUAAAAUAAAGUUUUGCAAAUUAUUUUGACAAAGGCAGCUUUUUCAUUAAAUAUAACAAAAUUAGGAGUACACUUUUGAAAGAAAAGGUUAAAGAUAUCAGAAGCUGCUUAUGUGAGCGUAUACUCCUGUUAAAGUGAAUUUUCCUGAAAAUACUCAACACUCAAUUCAUGAAUCCAUAUCAAAAUAAUAUUACUAGAUUAACCAAGAUCUGGGACUUAAAAUGGUGAGUGAAUUGAAAUGUCAUUACUUAUGGCUUAUACAGUUUUGUACUUAAUAUUACAUAUCCAGCAAAUAUUUUAUUUAAAACUUUAGUUUUUAAACACUCAGGCAAUACAGGUGAAAACCAUCACGGCUCUUUUUUUUUUUUUUUUUUUUCUACUUGUACUCCUGAUUUCUAUUUAGAUGUUGGGAUUUUACUUUGUGACAGUUUAUCACUGUUGGCUGGAGUUUACAUCAUAUACACCUUACUAUUAUAAAAUGGUUCUGUUAAAGUAUUUUUUUUUCUUUCUUUUUUUUUUCUUUUUGAGUCCUCAGAAUGAUGCUACUUCUAGAAAAAAGUUUGAUAGGAAGGCUUUUUUUUUUUAAAACCAACUGUUCCAAAAGUUAAUAAACAGUUUUAUAUGAUUUA